GCUGUGAAGGAGGCACUCGGCAAACUUUUCUCAAUGACUCUAUAGCCAACUGAGGUAACAAUGGUACUAAUCUUGGGACGCCGCCUGAAUAGAGAGGAGAGCGGGAUACGAGAUUCCCCUGCAACCAAGCGGAAAGUUUUUGAAAUGGACCCAAAGUCGUUAUCAGGCCAUGAGUUUUUUGACUUCUCCUCGGGCUCGUCCCAUGCCGAAAGCAUUCUGCAGAUCUUCAACGAGUUUCGAGACAGCCGCCUGUUCACAGAUGUCAUUAUCUGCGUGGAAGGAAGAGAGUUCCCCUGCCACCGAGCAGUGCUCUCUGCCUGCAGCAGCUAUUUCAGAGCCAUGUUCUGCAAUGACCACAGAGAGAGCCGGGAGAUGCUGGUGGAGAUCAACGGGAUCUUUGCUGAAGCUAUGGACUGCUUUUUGCAGUACGUGUACACUGGGAAGGUGAAAAUCACCACCGAGAACGUACAGUAUCUCUUUGAGACAUCAAGCCUCUUUCAGAUCAGCGUUUUGCGUGAUGCCUGUGCCAAAUUCCUGGAAGAACAGCUGGAUCCAUGCAACUGCCUCGGAAUCCAGCGUUUUGCAGACACGCACUCGCUCAAGACGCUAUUCACCAAGUGCAGGAAUUUUGCGCUGCAGACGUUUGAGGAUGUGUCCCAGCAUGAAGAAUUCCUUGAGCUGGGGAAGGAUGAGCUUAUUGAUUACAUUUGCAGCGAUGAGCUGGUGAUCAGUAAGGAAGAGAUGGUGUUUGAAGCUGUCAUGCGCUGGGUGUACCGGGCGGUUGAGCUGAGAAGACCAGUGUUGCACGAACUUCUGACGCACGUCAGGCUCCCCUUGCUGCACCCCAACUACUUCGUGCAGACGGUGGAAGUGGACCAGCUCAUUCAGAACUCCCCGGAGUGCUACCAGCUGCUGCACGAAGCCCGGCGGUACCAUAUCCUGGGAAAUGAGAUGAUGUCUCCCAGAACGAGGCCACGCAGAUCAACCGGUUAUUCUGAGGUGAUAGUUGUUGUCGGAGGAUGCGAGCGAGUUGGAGGGUUUAAUUUGCCGUAUACGGAGUGCUACGAUCCUGUAACAGGAGAGUGGAAGUCGCUGGCCAAACUUCCAGAGUUUACCAAGUCCGAGUAUGCAGUGUGCGCCCUGCGGAAUGAUAUCCUUGUUUCAGGUGGAAGAAUCAAUAGCCGAGAUGUGUGGAUUUAUAACUCUCAGCUUAACAUUUGGAUCAGAGUGGCCUCCUUAAAUAAAGGCAGAUGGCGUCACAAAAUGGCUGUUCUUCUUGGUAAAGUUUAUGUUGUUGGAGGAUACGAUGGUCAAAGCCGACUCAGCAGUGUCGAGUGUUACGAUUCCUUUUCCAAUCGAUGGACAGAAGUGGCUCCCCUUAAAGAAGCUGUGAGCUCCCCAGCAGUCACCAGCUGCGUCGGCAAACUGUUUGUGAUCGGGGGUGGUCCUGAUGACAACACGUGUUCAGACAAGGUUCAGUCUUACGAUCCUGAUACUAAUUCUUGGCUACUCCGUGCGACUAUCCCAAUUGCAAAAAGAUGCAUUACGGCUGUGUCAUUAAACAAUCUGAUCUAUGUUGCUGGGGGGCUUACUAAAGCAAUAUACUGCUACGAUCCAGUUGAGGACUACUGGAUGCACGUGCAGAAUACGUUCAGCAGACAGGAGAAUUGUGGCAUGUCUGUGUGUAAUGGAAAAAUAUAUAUCCUUGGUGGAAGACGAGAAAAUGGGGAAGCCACAGACACUAUCCUUUGUUAUGACCCUGCGACAGGCAUUAUCACAGGAGUGGCAGCCAUGCCCAGGCCAGUAUCGUACCACGGCUGUGUGACAAUUCAUAGAUAUAAUGAAAAAGGCUUUAAACUGUAAAGCAAACAAACAAAACAACAACAAAAAGGAGAUGGCAUGAAUGAAUCCAGUGGUCUGCUGCGGGACAGGUUUUUAAAGAUUCCUGAAAUUGGAAAAUGUCCUUUCCCUAACUUAACUGUCAACUGAAAACUGUAUCCUGUGCCUUCAAA